AUGGCAGAGCCAACCUCGCCUGCAAACCAGGGCAAAUGGAUCGAAAGCUCGGAGAAGAAUAUGAUGCAGGCUCGAAACCUUAUCCGUGACAUGCUCACAGUCGUCCGCAACAACGAGGUUACCGAGGCUUCCAACAAGGCUGCAAUGCAGGAAGCGGACAAACGAGAGAAGGAGGCAAAGAAGGCUGUGGUGUUCAACAAGGCUGCAGCCCACGAGAAAGUUAUCGCCACCUCUUUCAAGUGCAUGCAGGACAUUGAGGAUGGCAUCCUCCAGACAGAGGACAGCCUCAGCAAGCUGACGCACGAGCGAUAUAGGGGGUUUGCUUACCUCCAGGUUUGUGAACGUCGCCUUGAGCUUCGGCAGAAACGGCCGCAGGCAGAAAUGUUCAAGGAUGCCUUGACAGACGCCUUGACUUCCGAGAAGCAAGCCUUGGAAGUGGCCCGAAAGGAGCUGCUGGAACUCGAGGAGCAGGGCAAGAAGAUCGUGACCGAGCUCAGGGACAAGCGGAAGUUCCUUUCCGAAGACACCGGGAUUCGGCGCUUGCAGAUGAUGGAGGACUUGAAGACUCUCUCGCCUCAGGUGGCGUUACCACCAGUCAAGGCAAGCGCCAGUCCGAAGAACAACAGCAACAACAAGGCAGAGCAAAAGGAGGAGAAGAAGGAGGAGAAGAAGGAAGAGAACAUUGAAGCCGAAAAGGUUGAAAAAUCCGAGGAGCCGACUGAAGCGGCGGAGGCCGAGCGACCCGUCACUGCACCUCCGCACAUGAUGACUCCCGAGGAGCAGAAAAAAGCGGAGCAGGCUUCGAAAGAGCUCAUUGCGGAUACCAUGAAACUUCUGGAAAAGACGAGCUGUCACCGCAAUAAGAGCUUAGAGACAGUCUUCAAGGUCAAGCAGGACACAUCAAGGGCCAACCAUCGAUCUGAAGAUUGUCUUUCUAGGCGAACUGGCGAGCUGGCUGAAAUGAAGAAGCAGCUGGAGAAGCACGCGCUUGAUGUAGAGGCUGCCAUUCUGCGGGCAGAGCGGUCUCUUGAAAGGACGGAGCGAAGGUUAGACGUCAAGGAUAACAAAAAGGUGGAGAAGUUCAAGCAGAGCGAUGAAAGGUUUGAUGGCUAUGGAAUGCCAUGCUGCUACGCGCAACCUUUGGCUCUGGCAGGGGAGCUUGCCAGGUGUCGCAACACCUCGCGUGCCGUCGCCAGCCAUGGCUGCUCCGGACCUGCUGUGGGAGUGUGUGAAGCCAUUGCCUUAGCAAAAGUUACGUUGCUACGACUUGGAGGGCUUGGGCACUACCAGACCAGGAACAGCUCGUCCUUCAUCCGCAAGAACAAGAAUGUUCCCACCAUGACGGCUGAGCCAGGCCGGCACAACUUGCAGGCAUCACUCGCAAAGUACAGUGGGCUUGCUGGCAAGCAGGUCUUGGGCCUGGAUUCCAAGAAGGUGGGGAAGAAGGCGAUGGAAUUCGAGUCCAUUGUCCUCACCACACGAAGCAAGAGGAAAGGCAGACAGCAGCGACCUGGCACCGUGCUGGUCACCACUGGAAUCAAGAAAGGCGCUAAGAAGGGCCCGGCGCAGUUGAAGAAGAUCAUCGCGCAGACCUACAACCGACCAGAGUUGCUGGAGAUGGCCCUGGCCAAGUAUGCCAAGAUCAAGAGGUCCUUCAAGAAGAAGGUGGCCUUGCAGUCUGUCCGGAGCCGGAAGUGA